UUUCUAUCUGUAUGAUGAAAUGCCAAAGCAUCGAAACGGGAGUAUCUAGUUGUCGUUUUUACAGUCAACGCGCUUCCUUACAGCCAAAGGCUUUUCAUCGAACACAUACUGCGCACGUAAUUGGCCGGGCUUUCAGGUCAUGGCGAAUCGAGGAGAAGAAGAAGAAGCGGCUCCUCUCCUUCAUCCCGAAGCUCAUAAUGCAGAUAGCGUCUUCUUAGCUGUUCCCCAACCGCGGGCUCCGCCACCGGCCGUCUCUCCGGCGCCCUCCACAGUCGUGGACUGCGGUGAGAAGGGAUCUUCCAAAUGGACUGCAGAGGGCGUGCCGCUGGUGUUUGCUCACGGGAGCAUCGUCGGUGAGCCAUUGGUGCGCGAUCAGUGGGAUUCUGGACUAUUCUCCUGCCUCGGCCGCAACGAUGAAUUCUGCAGCACCGAUCUCGAAGUUUGUCUUCUUGGAAGUUUUGCUCCAUGUGUGCUAUUUGGCAGUAAUGCUGAGAGGCUUGGAUCAGCUCCUGGGUCAUUCAUUCAUAACUGCUUCACAUAUGCCGGCCUUUAUAUGCUCGGAAAUUGUUUCUUUGGCUGGAACUGUCUAGCACCUUGGCUUGCUUACCCUCGCCGUGCGGCGAUUCGGCGAAGAUUCAAUCUUGAAGGAAACUGCGAGGCAUUAGCAAAGUCUAUUGGAUGCCACGGAAUAGUAAGUGAUGAAGAAAGUCGCGAGCAAUUGGAGUCAAUAUGCGAUGUUGCAACUCACGUGUUUUGUCACCCGUGUGCGUUGUGCCAGGAAGGGCGAGAGCUUCGCCGCAGAUUGCCACAUCCUUGCUUGGCUGCUACAUCUAUGAUGAUUAUGAUGCCUCCCAUGGAGCAAUGUAUGGGACGUGGAUAAUUAGUUACAUACAGGCCAUCCAAAACAUUGAUAUUUACAAAUUGAUCAUCAUUGAUUCUUUUUGAACUACCGAACCGUUGUAUUUAUUAUGCUUGCCACGAUCAAACUAUGCUCUUUUUAGCGAGUUAUUUUAACGCCCAAAGUUUAUAAAAAUAUGUUCUUUUGAUGGGGGCUAAAAUAGCCAUCAUUGCGAACUAUUUUAAGCCCUCAUUAAAGCAGUAUGUGGACUAUUUUGCUAUUUUUAUUGAGUCUGAGACUAACAUGGCAGGAGACUACUUUGACAUUUCACUCUGGUGCAA